AAAGAGGAGAGAAAAGAUCUGGAAAUACUCCAUUUUCAUCCACCAUACAUGCACCAAGAGCAAGGGAGGAAGAAGGAAGGAAAAGAGAAGAGAAAAGAGGAGUUUAGGUGCGAAAACUUGUGAUUAAUAAGGUAAUGACUUCAUUAAUCCCAUUCCUUCUCUUUAAUCACAUUUCACACUCCUAGGAUAGUUCUACACAUGUAAAAGUGUAGAAUGGGGGUUGAAGGGUUGGUUUAUACCCAAAACGAACCUUGAGAGCCAAGUUGACGGGUUCACCGGAAAAUAACCUUUUGGAGGUUGUUUGUAUUGAUAUGGGUUUUAUGAUGAUAAAACCUUGUUAUUAACUUGUAUAAGGUAUUUCAAGAACUUUCACGGGGUUGAAAGGGUCGCCGGAGUUGUCGCCGGAGUUGGUUGAAGUUCACCGGAGUUUCACCGGAGCUCAAUAAGGGAGGCUAGAACUUCAUAAGCUUCUUUAAGGUUGAGGCUAGAGUCCUACUACCUGCACCUUCGCCAAGGGUGAUUGAUCAAAGAGGAAGACGUGAAAUGGAGGGUAGACACAUGGCUACGAGGAACAACCCGAGAGGGCAAACUCAGGCGACGUCCAUAGGGGCCAGCCAGGUUGCAUCCCGGGGUGCGAGAGGCGGUAGGAGAGGCCGUGGAGGCCGUGGAGGCCGUGGAGGCCGUGGAAGCCGUGGAGGUCAUCAGGCUCAAACCGUGAGCGAUGGCCAUGUUAGCUCGGUGCAUGGGACUCACACCGAGGAUUAUGACUCAACAUAUGUUCCCGAGACGGAACAUGAGGAGACCCCAUAUGAUGGGGGUGAUACGUACACUGAUGAUGACAAUGAUGAGAGUGAUGCCAAAUUCGCCCAGAUGGGUGAAUUGUUUGAGUGGUAUCAAAAGGAAAAGCUGAGGAGAGAUCUUAGGCGCCAAGCUAGGCGUGCCUCUCAGGGAGGUUCGGGUCAGGGAAGCCGGGGGGCUUCAGUGGCCAUUCCUGUGGCGACACAGGGGGUACAGGGGGGAGGUUUCUGUGUAAGAAUCUCCAAAUACCUCAAGGAGGCGAGGGCCUUGGGGUGUAAGUCAUUUGAUGGCAAGGGUGAUAUAUCGGUGGCUGCCGACUGGAUCAAGAAAUUGAAUGAGGCUGCUAGGGAUAUGCAGAUCGGGCUUGACAUAAAGCUAACGAUUGCUACCAGGCUACUAGAGGGGGUAGCUGCUGUAUGGUGGGAAGGCGUGGAAGGAAAGUUCCACGGUGAGACCACCUGGGAGAAAUUUGAAGUAGAAUUCUAUAAUCAGUACUACUCAGAGUUCGAAAAGAACCAGAAGAGGAAGGAGUACAUGACCCUGGUACAGGAGGAGGAUUGCUCGGUGAGGCAACUGGAACAAAGGUUCCGGGACUUGGCACGGUACAUACCCGAGUACGCCAUGGAUGAGAACCGUAUGGCUAAUCACUUCUGGGACACCCUACACUUGGAUAUCCGUGAUCGGGCUACCUACAAUCAUCACAUGACCUUUAGUGAGAUUGUGGAUCAGGGGCUACUUGGGGAAGCCAAGUGGAAUGAAAGGAAGAAGAGAGACGCCGAAGAGGCGAAGAAGAGAAGAUGGGGGAAUUCUGGACCCCAAGACCAUUCUCGGAAACAUCACGCCGGGAAUGGAAGAUCAUUCAGGGCGCCGGAACCACCGGCAAAGAAGAGUAAGGGCCCAGGAGGGCAAGGGCAUAGCUCGGGGAGCGUAAGGCCACCAAGGUGUCCAAACUGUAACAGGAAUCACUCCGGGAAGUGCAAUGAACCACCCCGGUGCUACAAGUGUGGUAGCACAAGCCACCUCAAACCCUCUUGCCCAAUGUUGAGUGGAGGUGGGCCAUCGGGAGCUGUGGAGGCACCUACGUCUGGAAGGGGUCGUGCAGGACCAUCUCAGGGCGGCACGG